AUGGAUGGCAUCGAUAGUGGCCGCGGUAUCGUGCUGCUAGGCUCAACAAACCGUGGAGAUAUCUUAGACAAAGCUCUUCUUCGCCCUGGCCGCUUUGAUCGACAUAUUAUUAUUGAUCUGCCAACUGCUUUGGAAAGACAAGAAAUGUUUGAAAUAUAUUUGAGUAAAAUCAAGCUCGAUCGUCAUCCGCAGUAUUACUCGAAGCGACUGGCACAAAUGACACCACGCUUCUCAGGUGCAGAUAUCGCAAAUAUCGUGAAUGAAGCGGCUAUACGAGCAGCUUCAUUAAAAAGAAAGCAAGUUACGGUAGACGAUCUCGACGCGUCUCUACAAAGAGUUCUAGCAGGUUCGGAAAAGAGAAGUCGAUCGAUGGUUGAUGAGGAGCGCGAGAUCGUAAGCAUUAUUCCGCGAACCAGCGCAAGGCUUGGCUUCGCACAGUAUAGUCCACGUGAGCGAAAACUGCUUACCAAAGAAGAGGUUACGAAGUCGGCAUACGCUCAGGUGCAGGUGUUUGGGAUGAGCGAUGCAGUGGGUUUAUUAAGUUUUCCCGUCAUCGACGACAACAAAAAAAAUGAACUGGAAUUUUACAAGAAGCCGUUCAGCAUGAAACUUCAACAAAUGAUUGAUCGGGUAGCUUCCUUUUUUCGUGCAGAAUAA